CGGGGUGGGGGCGUGUCCGCUGCUCGGUCUCUCAGCGCAGUGUUGCUCCAGGGUCGGAUUUCCUCCAGCGGGUUUUUCUCCUCCUGAAGCCGCCCUGCAGCUCUCUCUCUCCCGGCAGCAUGCCCGCCGAGCUCCCGCUGCACCGCUAGCUGAGUCCCGCGGUCAGGGCGCGCUGUGUUCAGAGGUAGGAGGGAUCUGAGUAGCGGUUAGAGUCUCCAGCAGCAGCAGCAGCAGCAGCACGCGGCUUCCUGAGCUCAGGACCUGCCAUGGACCUCCACAUUCUGGCCCACAGACUCAGAGUCACCAGUAUCAGCAAGAGCGGACUGCAGAACUACACCCACCCCCUCAUAAAGCUCAUCUUCCUCAGGAACAGGACGAGAUGCAAAUUCUUCAGUCUGACAGAGACUCCAGAAAAUUACACAGUGGUGCUCGAUGAAGAAGGAUUUAAAGAACUGCACCCAUCUGAGCACCUGCAGGUUGAAUGCUCUACCUGGUUGCCUCUUAACGUCGUAUCCAACGGCAACGCGUCCAGCAGCUCCCAGGCCGUGGGCGUCACCAAAAUUGCCAAGUCCGUCAUCGCCCCGCUGGCCGAGCAGCAUGUGUCCGUCUUCAUGCUGUCCACCUAUCAGACGGACUUUAUCCUGGUGCGGGAGAAAGACCUGUCGGUGGUGAUCCACACACUGGCUGAAGAGUUCAGUAUUUUCCGGGAGGAGGACGGGGAGUCGGUACCAGUUCACAGUCAGGAUGCGUGUAACGGCCUGGAGAGGAACGGAAAAGAGGCUCAUCAUUCCACGGUUCACCCGGUGAUGAUCCCUCAGAAUCAGUUCUGUGUGAUGAGUUUAGAUCCAGAUACCCUGCCCGGCAUCGCCACCACGCUUAUAGACGUCCUGUUCUACUCUAACAGUUGUAAGGAUGAUGCACCUGCUUCUGAUGACCUGGAGUGUAUCAAGUUCUUCUCCUUCUCUCUGAUCGAUGGUUACGUCUCGCUGGUGAUGGAUACAGAAGCACAGAGACAAUUUCCUGCAGAUUUGCUCUUCACUAGCUCCUCAGGUGAACUCUGGAGGAUGGUUAGAAUCGGGGGUCAGCCGCUGGGCUUCGAUGAAUGUGGGAUAGUAGCGCAGAUCUCUCAGCCGCUGGCGGACAGUGAUAUCUCAGCCUAUUACAUCAGUACAUUCAGCUUUGAUCAUGCCCUGGUCCCAGAAGAAGACAUAGUGAGCGUUACAGACAUGCUUCAAGAUCAGAGGAAAGAUGCUGGAUGCUGAUUGGCUCGCAACGAUGCGAGGGUAUGGACGAGUGGGCGUGGCCCAUAGGGCGUGGUAUGUCCAGAAGACUAAAAACACUAAACCAGAAGAGUAUUAACCACUGACCAUUUUGCCGCAACUGCCGAAAGUGCUUCCGUUACCAUGUGUCUACGCUAUAGAGCUGAACCUCGAGAGGCGGAGCUAAUAAUGAUUGCAUCCAAUCAGACAGCUGCACGAUAGUAGGGCUGCACGAUAUGUGAAAAUAUGUGUAAAAAUAAUUUUUUUUGGAGUUUUACAAAAUUGCUUAGUUUUUUUUUGUCAUUAAAUUUAUAUAUAUUUCCCAAUAUAUGAUUUUAAUAUAGGAUUUUCACCAGGUAUCAAUGAUCCAACACUCUGUUUAUGACAUUUUUGAGGAAAACUUAUGAUUUUGGCCAAAUAUAAUAUGCCUAAUCUGGUAGAGAUAUCAUUAAAAUAUAGUGGCAAUACUGUGAUUUCUUUUUUUUAUAUAUAAAAAAAUACUGGAUUUUUACCAGGCAUCAGUGAUUCAACUCUCUGUUUAUGACAUUUUUGAGGAAAACUUAUGAUUUUGGCCAAAUAUACUAUGCCUAAUCUGGUAGAGAUGUCAUUAAAAAAAAUAAAGUGUGAAUACUGUGAUUUUUC